AUGACAGUUGAAUCGGAAGGCUCGAAUGUAACGAAAGCCGCUGCUAUUGCUCCAGAGACGAGUUUGUCUCUUGAAACUGUCCUUCGCCGCCUCUUCUUGAGCUCCACGGCAUGUAAAGUCCUGGAGGCUGGAAAUAGAUGGGGUAAACUCAUUGAGGCCGUAUGCCUUGCACUGAUUAUGUUCCUUUGUCUGUCUAUGCGCCUAUUCCCAACUAUCCGCGGUGAAGCAACCAUCUACGACUUCGACCCGUAUUUCAAUCACCGCACAACCAAGUACCUUGCCAGUGAAGGCUUCCGCGAGUUCUGGAACUGGUAUGAUGAUGCGAGUUGGUAUCCGCUUGGCCGCCCAGUUGGACAGACUCUGUUCCCAGGGUUGAUGACAACCUCCUACUUCAUCCAUAAGGUCCUCAGCUUUUUUGGCUUUUUAGUCAGCAUAUCUGAUGUAUCUAUCUAUCUCCCACCAGCGUUUUCUUGCUUGACAGCCUUUGUGGUUCACUGCUUCGCCAAGCACGCCAGUGGAUCUCGAACUGCGGGACUGUUCUCCUCCCUGUUCGUUGGAAUCUCGCCUGCCUACGUUAAGACUUCAUUAGUGGGGUCCUAUGACAACGAGUGCAUCGCAAUAUUUGCAAUGCUGUUGGGAUUCUACAUGUGGACCCGAGCGGUCAAGAGGGGAACAAUGCUCUCAGCUCUGCUAGCAGCUAUACCGUCUGCAUACAUGGUUACAGCUUGGGGCGGUUAUGUGUUCUUGAUCAAUGCAAUAGCUGUUCACAUGGUCGCCCUUUGCGUGCUUGGGUUAAUGACCCCUAGGCACCAGCUGGCAUAUGUUGUAUUCUACGUUAUCAUCACUGCAUUAUGUGUGAAUGUUCCCUUCUUGAAUCUUACCCCACUUUGGAGCUCAGAGCACAUGGCAAGCCACGGAGUAUUCGUGCUUGUCACUGCAUUUGCGAUAGUUCAUUGCAUUUCAGCGUUACUUCCGAAGGCAUCCGUGAAUCAUCUUCAAAUAUGGGUCUUCGGGUUAGCGGGGGCUCUAGUGUUUGUCGUUAUCGCGAUUCUAGCUCUUACGGGUAAAACUGCUUGGUCACCGAGGUCUCUAACACUGCUGGACCCAACUUACGCGAGCAAGCAUAUUCCUAUUGUAGCUUCUGUAUCAGAGCACCAGCCGACGACUUGGUCAACGUACUUUCUUGACCUCCACAUGGUAAUAUUCGUUGCUCCCCUAGGAUUAAUAAUAUCUCUUCGACGAGGAGAUGGCCUGUUUUUCAUUGGCCUGUAUGGUGUCCUAGCAUGCUACUUUUCAGCUGUCAUGAUUAGGUUGAUGCUUGUUCUCUCCCCCGCCGCAUCAAUGCUCGCUGGGAUUGGAGCAGCUGUGAUCGUAACUGGAAUUGUUUCCCACUUACCUAGGGCUAGCAUCAAGACCGCAAAGUUGGGUGGCUUUACGCUUCCCUUUACUGUUGCUUUCCCCGUGCUACUGGCAUUCUUUUGGCUUUGUGUUAUGAAAGGGUAUCAUUUAAUGACAUGCGUCGAGGAAUUCUGCAUCACAGGAGGCCCCAUCGGCCGCACGAACACGCCUAAACCUGAUGAUUUCCGUGAAGCCUACAACUGGCUUCGUCAAAAUACCCACCCGAAGGCGCGGAUUAUGGCCUGGUGGGAUUAUGGAUAUCAAGUUUCUGAAGUCGGGAACCGAACAGUUUUUGUGGACAACAAUACCUGGAACAGCACCCACAUUGCAACAGUUGGACUGGCAUUUGCUUCAGAUGAGCCCGAAGCUUUUGCAAUCGCUCAGGACUUGGAUGUGGAUUAUGUUUUUGUAAGCGAAUGCCCUAGUAAGGCUUUGAUUGCAAAGCCGAUUGACAAACAGUCCUACGAAUGCAGAAUGCUUGGUGAUGCUUUGACAAGAAGCCUGCUCUAUAAGCUCAGCUAUCAGCACUUCGGCAAAGCCACUAAGGGCUUCGACUUUGCCAGGAAGACAAAAGUGAACACGACGGAUAUUCAGUUGAAGCAUUUCCAGGAGGUCUACACCUCAGAAAACUGGGUUGUCCGCAUCUACAAGGUUCGCAAGACAGACAACAGGGAUACAAGAAUGCUCAACGCCAUCGAAAGCGGAUUUCAAUAG